AUGUCAUCCAGCGAGGCAUCCAGCAGUUCCCCAGGAUGGACAACUGUUGACCCCGAAGAGUUCCGGGGAGGAUUGGAAGAUGAAUGGCCUCACGAUGCACCUCCUCUCAUCGCCAUUGUCGGCAUGGGAGUACGACUGCCAGGUGGUGUUUCCUCCCCAGAAGACUUCUGGCAGUUGAUGAUUGACAAGAAAUGCGCGUCUGGUCCUGUGCCUGCUGGGCGUUACAACGCGGAGGCCUUCCAUGGAACUCCGGGCAUGAACACACAAUCAGUGAUCUCCCAGAAAGGAUACUUUCUUGAAGGCGACUACCUGGGAAAAGUCGAUACCUCGUUCUUCCAGAACAAUCGGUACGAGCACGGGUUCCAAGAUCCCCAGCAGGUGCUCCUAUCCGAAGUGGUGUGGGAGUGUAUGGAGAGCGGCGGGCAAGUCGAUUGGCGGGGGAAGGAUAUCGGAUGCUUCGUAGGCACGUUUGGGGAGGACUGGCUCGAUCUCACAGCAAAGGACACCCAAAAUCUCAAUCCCCUCCACGUGGUUGGAACCGGUGAUUAUGCGGCAUCGAACAGGGUAUCAUUCGAGUAUGACUUGAAGGGCCCCAGCAUGACUUGUCGAACUGCUUGUUCAUCUUCCUUAGUGGCGCUUCACGAGGCAUGUCAAGCAAUUGCCCUUGGCGAUUGUCCUUCCGCUAUCGUCGGAGGUUCCAGUCUUAUUUUCACCCCGACAAUGACAACCAAUAUGUCUCAGGCCGGGGCACUAUCACCGGAUGGGAUCUGCAAGACAUUUGAUGCGGAAGCCAAUGGGUACGCCAGAGCGGAGGGUGUUUGCGCCCUUUAUAUCAAGAGACUAGAUGAUGCCAUCCGUGACAAAGACCCGGUCCGUGCAGUCAUUAGAGCAGUUGCGACCAACUUUGACGGCCGAACAAAUCAUAUCACCGUCCCGUCGGCGGUCGGACAAGAGACUCUAAUUCGGAAAGCCUAUCGGAAAGCGCAUCUCGCGAACCCUGCUGAAACGGCAUUUGUAGAAUGCCACGGCACAGCUACGCGGGUGGGGGAUGUCGUCGAGACCACUGCCGUGGCAAAUGCCUUUGAUCGCCAUCCGAUGAUUAUUGGAGGGGUGAAACCGAACAUUGGUCACACAGAAGGCGCCGCAGGCCUGGCAGGCUUGAUCAAAGCCGUGCUUGCGCUGGAGCACCGACAGAUCCCUCCGAAUGUCAAUUUUUCAACCCCAAACCCGAACAUUCUUUUCAGGGAAGCAGGUUUGUCGGUUCCUGUGGAUGUCAUUCCUUGGCCAGUCGACCGAAAAGAACGCGUUAGUGUCAACUGCUUCGGCGUUGGCGGCACCAAUGCUCAUGUCAUUGUGGAUUCAGCGGCAUCGGUAAUGUCUUCUAUGUCCGUGGAGUCGCUGAAAUUUAGCAGCAACGUCCCACGACUACUCCCAUUGUCGGCUAGCAGCCCUCAAUCCCUUGAUGAACGAACAAAGGGCAUUCAGGGAUACCUUCUGCGACACCCAGAAGCAGUUUCUGAUUUAGCUUAUACUCUCAGUGGAAAGCGAGAGCACCUUCGUCACAGAGCCUUCGCAGUCACUGAUGGACAAGUUCCUCCUCAGAACAGCACCUUCACGAAAGUAGACAACACAAAGACUGGUCAAAAGCUCGUAACAUUCGCUUUCCCGGGCCAGGGAGCUCAGUGGGCUGGAAUGGGGACCGAGUUAUUGGAUAGCUUUGUGUCCUUCAGGAAGGACAUGAAGCACAUGGAUCAGGUUCUUCAGAGCUUGCCAAAUGCCCCCGCAUGGCGAAUCCACGAGGAGUUGGUCAAAACAGGAGAGAACAGUGACAUCGACCGGCCCGAAAUAGCACAGCCUCUGUGCACUGCAGUCCAGAUUGGUUUGGUGAACAUCCUUAGAAGUUGGAACCUGAACCCGGACAAAGUCAUAGGUCAUUCGAGUGGAGAGUUUGCGGCGGCUUACGCAGCCAACGCCUUAUCUAUGGAGACUGCAAUCAUAUUGGCCUAUACCCGCGGUGUAGUGGCUAACAUGGCCCCAGAAGGAGGAGGCAUGCUGGCGGUGGCGCUUGGCCGAGCCGACGUUAGCGAAUACUUGAACAACGAAAUUGUAUUGGCCUGCGAGAAUAGUCCAAACAGUGUCACUCUUGCAGGGGACCGUGGUCAGCUGGAGCAGGUAGCGUCUCGUAUCCGGAGCGAAAAACCGGACACACUAUUGAAAAUGUUGCCCGUGGAGCGAGCAUACCACUCUGCUCAUAUGGCCUCCGUGGGUUCCAAAUAUGAAGAGCUCACCCGACCUCAUUUGGUCAAUGAUAGAGGCUCAAUGAUUCCAAUGUACUCAACAGUGUCCGGCGGAGUGACCACUAUAGCUGGAGAGCUUGACGCAGCGUAUUGGCGCCGAAGUUUGGAAUCCCCUGUCCUGUUCUCAACCGCUUUUCGAGACUUGGUCACAUCCACACAGAACAAGCAUCAUGUUGUAAUAGAAAUCGGGUCCAACUCGGCACUCCGCGGGCCGAUUCAACAGAUUCUGCGUGCGACAGACACUAGUUUCACGUACUGCGCGACCAUGAGAAGCAACGAGAGUAACAUUUCUCGCGUCUUUGCUGUUGCUGGGACCGCUUAUGUCAACCAUUUGCCUGUGGACCUCAUCGCUGUCAACGAAGGCCAUCAGGGUCAAACCCUUACGGAUCUUCCUCCCUACCCAUGGCAACGUGAAGACAUCCCCUGGGCAGAAACACGCAUCAGUAAACAAUGGCGGUUGCGCCAAUUUCCCCGCCACGAAUUACUUGGGGUGCGAUGUUUAGAAUCGAAUGACUUCGAGCCGGCAUGGAGAAACAUUCUCAAAGGCGAGGAGGUACCCUGGAUCAAUGACCAUCGCAUGAUGGGUAUGGUUGUAUUUCCAGCCGUGGGAUAUGUGGCCUUGAUCUCAGAAGCUAUCCGACAGAUAUCCGGUUCAGUUGACUGCACACUCGAGCAGGUUCUGCUAAUGGAGGCCCUUGUCCGAGAUGACGAAGAAAUUGAAAUCAUGACGACUUUGCGAAAGGCGGCAAUGAAUCAAACGAUGGAGUCAGAGUGGUAUGAGUUCACAGUGUGCUCAUACAACGGUCAAGGCUGGACAAAGCAUUGUUCCGGGAAAGUGAGAGCUGGCACGGAUCAACCUCUUCCAUCAAACUCUAUUUCGGAGCCGUUCCCACGUGAACUUACGUCGUACAAUUUCUAUCGCAGAUGCGAAAAGAAAGGCCUGGAGUACGGUCCCAGAUUCGAAGGGCUGCAUGAUAUCAGCGCCAGUCCGCUGAAGAAUGCAGCCCGUGGACGAGUGGAGGACAAUCGUGAUCUUCACGACAGCUACUACGCCAUUCAUCCGACGAUUCUGGACCAGUGCCUUCAAGUCGCGCUUUUGGCCAGUGAUAAAGGUGUAUCACACUAUCCUGACAAGGCGGGCAUGCCACUGUACAUCGACCGCGUUUACCUCGCCCCUGGGAGCAGCACGAUGACAGCUGAGGCUGAGACGACGGAUUCAAGCAAGGAGAAUCUAAGUUGUUAUUUCAAGGUGGUCUCUGAGUCAACAGGUAACGUUGUUUUGGAAAUGAAGGGACUGCGCUUGUUGCCCAUACCAGACGCAGCUCAGGAAGCCAAAGGAUCGAAAACUGCAAUUCAUGUUGAGUGGAAGCCUGAUAUCAGAUUUCUGCCGGGGGCCCAGCAAGUGCCAUCGACCGUGGACAUGAAUCAACAGGUCACACAAACCUUUGCCACGGCGGGUUUCCUUGUUGUGUUUGAGAUGAUUGAAGCCUUGAAGCCCCAUACGUCUCUUCCUGCACAUCUGGCCAAUUACAGGGAGCUCGUUAUGGACGUAGGAAGGAAAAUCUUCCAGGGUCAGUACGACCAUGUUGCUGGUAUGAAGGAGAUGAAAGAAAUGAGCAGAGAGCAGCGAAAGGCGCUAUACGGGUCCUUGCAAGGCCAAUUUCCAGACCCGAGAGUUGAACGGUUCUAUAGCGACGCCUGGGCAUACGCAACUGAGCGUACAAUUCAGAUUGUCGAGGGGACCAUCUUUGAAGACACGUCGCUCUUAGAGACGAUCAAAGGCAUUGUGGAAUGGGGGCUUGAUUUAUACGACUGGGGCACUUUUCUUCGUCCGUUAUCUCACGCAAAUCCCAGUCUGCGCAUCUUAGAAGUUGGAGCAGGGGCAGGUUCAGCAACAGCGGCAAUCUUGGGUGCCUUAACUACCGAGCGGGGCGAUCGGCUUUUCAGUCAUUUCAUGGUCACUGACGCCGUACCAGGUCUCGUCAGCCAGUUGAAACAGCGUUUUGAAAGCGUCCCGAACAUGGAUCACAAGACUCUGGAUAUCUCAGUGAGUCCGACAGAGCAGGGAUUCGCAGAAGAUGGCUACGACUUGGUGGUUGUCUCCAAUGUUCUGCAUGAAACACCUAUUAUUGGUCAAUCACUUACGCAAAUCCGCUCCUUGCUUGCUCCUGGAGGUCGGCUGCUUUUGUACGAGCCCUGCUCCGAGCUCCCACACUUUGAUGUGGUCAUGGGUAUUCUUCCUGGGUGGUGGUUAGGUGUUGGCGACAAUCGCGUUGAUAAGCCGUACGUUGCGGUGGAGCGUUGGCAACAGGAGUUAUGCCAGGCAGGCUUCUCGGGACUUGACGGAUUCCAGUACAAUGCACCUGCACCGCUCCACUGGCAGGCACUGAUGCUAUCAACAAAACCUGCGGUCGAUUGCACGCGCUCAUCGAUUAACCUGCUCUGCACCACGAACAUUGAAUCCGACCCUUGGGUACAAAGUCUAGCGCACCACCUGUCCUCCCAAGGAUACGAAGUGCAUUGGUGCAUCUGGGGGGAAGAAUAUCCAACAGAUAACGUGAUCGCACUGCUGGAUUUCGAAAGUCCAUUUCUGCACGAUAUGUCGCAGUCCACUUAUACUGCGGUACAAAGCUGGAUACCGUCGGUGAAACGUCUACUUUGGGUGACCCACUCAUCGCAAAUGGAAUGUAAAGAUCCUCGAUUCAGCCUCGUACUUGGUCUCGCUCGCACGUUGCGGUGUGAACUGAAUAUCGAUAUUGGCACUUGUGAGGUUGACUUAUUUGACGAAGCUGCGCUUCCCAUAGUAACGCAAGCGUAUAAGCAGCUGGGUGCGCCAAUUGUGGGACAGACGUCUCGCGAUUAUGAAUUCGUUUCGCAUGGGGGUGUGGGCCACAUUGGUCGUGCAACUGUUACCAAGAUUACCGACCAUCUCCAGGUAACAGACCAACUAGAUGUCCAUCAGUUAGACAUUCAAACGGUCGGCGACUUGGACUCGCUCGGAUGGAAACCUGUCCCUGCAGCGGACGUCGGCCCGCAUGACGUCGAGAUCAAGGCCAACUAUCUGGCGCUGAAUUUCAAAGACCUUAUGAUGUCUUUGGGUAUCGUUGAGCGUACCAAAACAAUGGACUUUUGCUUUGAGGCCAGUGGCAUUAUCACUCGCGUAGGGUCGGAGGUGAGAACUAUGCGAGUUGGUGAUCGAGCAGCGUUGUUCGACCCGCAGCCGAUGAAAACCAGAGCUGUUUUACCGAUUGAUCGAGUAAGCCUGGUUCCCGAUCAGCUCACCCUCGCAGAAGCUGCCGCCAUUCCAAGCGCCUACGCAACCGUUAUGUGUACACUGGUCGGAAUCGGGAAGCUGCAGAAGGGCCAAUCUGUCUUGAUUCAUUCCGCGUGUGGCGGAGUCGGUCUAGCGGCAGUGCAUGUCUGCCAGAGCAUGGGUGCCGAGGUCUUUGCCUCAGUCGGCAGCGAAGAAAAGGUUGAAUUCCUGAUGAAAACAUUUGGAAUCCCCCGCUCGCACAUUUUCGAUUCACACAAUGUUUCAUUUCUGACGGGCAUCAUGAGGGAGACCAAUGGCAGGGGAGUCGAUUUGGUGCUCAACUCAUUAGCCGGGGAGCUGCUCCGCGCAUCAUGGAAAUGUGUCGCUCAAUUCGGCAAAAUGCUCGAGAUUGGUAAAAGAGACAUGCUAGGCCAUGGCAUGCUUGAUCUCAGUGGGUUUCAGGGUUGUCGUUCUUUCUGUGGUUUUGACUUGUAUAGUGUGUAUGACGAUAUAGAAACCGGGAGAUGGGCCUUUAACUCGGGUGCUAAUCUCUUUGCUGACACUAAUUAUCGGCCUCCGCAUACGAUCUUCAAAGUGGAUCAGUUAGCAGCUGCCAUGCGACAAAUGCAAAAGGGACAACACAUUGGAAAGUUCGUCAUCGAGUUGCCCGAUGACGAGAACCAGCUUCCAUUGCUUCCCGCGCAGCCGAGAUUUUGUCUCUCCCCAACGUCUUCAUAUUUGCUUGUUGGUGGUUUGAGAGGGAUUGGCCGGUCCGUUGUUCGGUGGAUGGUGGAGUAUGGGGCUCGUGACUUUAUAUUCCUUUCGCGGUCAGCUGGAUUCCACAAAGAAGAUCAACUGUUUGCUCAGGAGCUUGAAAUUCAGGGAUGCCGCGUGGCCAUGGUCGCUGGAAGUGUGGCCGAUUCAGACACCGUUGAGCGCACGGUUCGACACAAUCCACGUCCAAUUGCCGGUGUCAUUCAGUUGUCAGCUGUUCUGAAGGACCAAUUAUUCGACAAGAUGACAUACGAGGACUGGACCACGAGCUUGGAAAGCAAAGUCCAAGGAACUUGGAAUCUUCACCACGCUUUCCAGGGCCGAACAUUAGACUUUUUCAUUGUUUUCAGUUCCGCGGUCAGCUUGAUUGGAAACCCAGGACAGGCCAAUUAUGCCGCUGCAAACUCAUUUUUGGACGGAUUCGUACAGUAUCGCCGAGGACUAGGCUUGCCCGCCUCGCUGGUCAGCCUGGGUCCCGUCGAUGAAAUGGGUCUCAUGUCGCACAAGCAAGAACUCCUGAACAAAGCGCGCCAAACAUUCCGCCAAGUGAUGGGGGAAGGGGAUGUGCUGAAGGCAUUCCAGGUAGCUCUACUCUCAGCAAAAGGUGGCCUGCCUUCGUCGCGACCAGCAGUGGUGGUCUCCGGGCUUUCCCCUGCCGCUGUUACCAAUGAUCCAUGGCUAAAACAGGAUGCACGAUUUUCCAAACUUUCCACCACGGGAACAGACGCAACAACCGCCAGGGAAUUCGAUGCUGAACAAUUGCAACGGAAACUCGCGUCACUUAGAGACAAUCCGGCACCCCUGCAAGACGGCACAUGUGAAACUUGGAUCGCUGAAAACCUUGGCGAGCAGAUCGCAUCGCACAACGGGCUGUCUGAGGAGACAGGUGUAGCCCACUAUGCUAACCUCGACGUGGAUUCUCUGAUGAGUCUCCAGAUCAAGCAUUGGCUGCGCCGCAAGGUGGAAGUGGAGCUUUCGCUUGGGGACAUUGUCAAGGCAAGAACGGUUGGGAAUAUUGCAAAAUUGGUUACGGAGACUCUCCGUGUAAGAUACGGGGUGAAAGAGGACGAAAGUGCCACAGCUUAG